AUGAUUCACGCACAUGAAGGAGGUGUCGAGAGGGAACUUCAGCUGAAUCCACAGCAACAAGAAGCCUUGAGACAUCUCGAAGCGGAAGCGACAUCAUUACAUCAACAUGAUCCACAACUUAGUGAAGGUAUUGCCGGAAGUAUCGACGCUAUCAACCGUAACACACCGUUGGGAGAGCUUUUGUAUCAGGGUGACAUUGUCCUGGACAUUGAGCAAGCCCGCACAAUUGCCGCGCAAGAAGCAAAGGAAGAAAUAAGCAGAGAUAAACGUCAGGCAAUGAAUUUCAAAACAAACCCAAACUACAGGUGGCCAAAUGCCACAGUGACAUACUCAAUCCACUUUGGAGUAGAUCAUGAUGUAAGAGAAGUAUUCAGGAAAGCGGUAAACGAGUGGCAGAGAGACACUUGUGUCAAUUUCGUUGAGGAUCCUAGCUGUAAGAACGAAUGUGCGCUUUUAAUAUCUAUAAACUCCCAUUAAGC